AGAUGCGCCGUCCAGGUAGGUGGGAGUGAGUUUACUUGGCCAGGUGAUCUAAGCUGGACGGUGCAUCUGUCUUCAUAUUCCAGCGAUUUCCAGGCCUACAGGCAUCAAGAGGAAGGCAACGAAAACGGAAGAGAACGGAAGAUGGGAGACUAAAAGAUCAUGAACCUGUCAGAUCUUUCCAACAUCAGACCAGCAAUGUUUGGAAGGACCUACACAGAAGAAGAAGAAGGAGAAGGAGGAGGAGGCGCAGAAGGAGGCGAUGAAGGAGGGAAAGAGAAACCAAGGAAAGGGAGAAGAGUGGAAAUAAAAGUGAAAAAGGAAACCAGAGUGAGAAAGGAAAGGGGUUUAAUUAAAUUGAUGCAGUUAAAUAGGCUUAGGGCGGCAGGGUGGAAGGUGUGGGUGAUGGGGGUGAGUAUCUACGCCCUCCUGACCCUCGUUCUCCUUCCCCCUUACCCCAUGGACGAGAACGUCUCCCUACAGCAGUGGGUGAAGGAGAAUACCGUUGAACUGCGCAAAGAGUACAAGGAGCGGGCCAAGUUAGCGCACUCUGCUUGUGAGAACUACGAGGUGUACAUUGCGCAAGACGAGUACAUCAGGAGAGCAGAUCUCAACCCUAACAAGCUGCAGUACUCUGAUUGGUUCACGUUGAAAAGAGUCAACUGGAACUAUAUGUAUUAUGUGGCUGGGGAGGACAUGGUGUACUGCAAGGUGCCAAAGAGCGGCUCCUCAACGUGGGUCUAUAAUUUACUGAAAAUAGCAGGGGCCCCCGAGGAUCACAUCAAGUCGGACAUCGGUCUUCAUCGCCUCCUUCGGGAUUACUACCCUAAGAUGCACACGAGUCACAUGAAGCGAGUGUUCAAGAAAAGCUUCAAGUUCGUGGUGGUUCGACAUCCGUUCGAGCGGCUUCUGUCAGCUUACCGAGACAAGCUUGAGGACUACCAGAGGGACCUUAUGUUCAGGGACGGUUACUACUACACACUGUACGGUAAGAGCAUCGUUAAGCUGUACAGAGAUGAUGGGGACCGUACCUUAGUGAACAGAACGGAACCUACCUGGAAAGAAUUCGUCAGGUACGUCAUCAACACACCACCCUCGAAAUUUGACGAACACUGGAAGCCUAUCUACACCCUGUGCUCUCCUUGCGUGGUGAAGUAUGACGUGAUAGCCAAGAUGGAGACAUUUAGCGAGGACACGCAGUACAUAAUUAACCAGGUGGGGCUCGAGAACGUUCUUCAUGUUGAGUGGAUUCACAGAACAGCGAAGACCAAAACCUCAGACGUCGCCCUCAAGUAUUACUCCCAGCUGACUGUCAACCAGGUGGAGCAGCUGUACGAGAAAUACCGCUUGGAUUUUGAUUUGUUUGGCUACGACUACGACGACUACAGGGACAUGGCGGCCAGCUGAGUGUGUGUGUGUGUGUGUGUGUGUGUGUGUGUGUGUGUGUGUGUGUGUGUGUUGUUAUUGCUGUUGUUUUCUGUACUUGCUGGUCUGGUAUAUAGUGUGAAUGCAUCUAUUUAUGCGUGCGUGUGUGUGUGUGUGUGUGUGUGUGUGUGUGUGUGUGUGUGUGUGUGUGUGUGUGUUUUCACCUGUUUACCAUAGUCACUCUCUCCUCCUGCGCGCACUGAAGACACACACUUUAAUAACGCAGAUGUUGCUUUAAUGUACUAAUAUAAAAAAAUAAAAUCCUAUGAAAAAAAAAAAAAA